UUUAUAAAAAUCAAUGUUUUGGAACGUGUAUUCUGUUCCGUAGCUAAGCGCUUUGUAAAACGCCUCGGAAAGAGUCUUCCAUUCUCACUGGACAGUAGGCCUAAUAAUAAUGCGUGCACUAUUAUAUAAUAUUACUAUAAGGAAGUGACUCUGAGCAUAUCACUGCCUUGAGCGUGUUGAAUUUAUGUCCCCGAAAUAAUUAAACUAUUAGAUAUUUAAAAGAAUAUUGACAAACAACUAGAUUACUAAAAGAAAGCUUUUCAUAGUCUAUAAUAAUAAUGGUUUGAAUUAAAAAUAAGAAAUGAAAACUUGAUCUCCACAGGUUUUUGUUUAAACUAUUAGAUCUAGCUGUGGGUCUAUAGAGCAGUGCUAUAGCAAUCUGAAAGCUGAAAGGAGCUGAUUAAUAUUAGAUACAUGUAUUUGGGUACUAAAUCUAUGUCUUUGUUAUUCAAAUAAUUUCGUCAUUAUUUAAUGCAAUAAAGACAAGUGUACUGCAUAAUAAUAUCAUUCACGUGCAUAAUAUGCGACAGAAACGAUAUUCAACAAAUAACGUACAUGUUCUUUUAUCAAGCCUUUUGAAAAACAGCCUAGUAGCGGAACGGCUUCUAUUGUCCUUAAUAUUAGGUCAAAGUUCAAAAAGCUAGCAAAGAGCAGAGAGGUCAUCAUUUGCCUUCCUUCCUUCCUUCCUCCAGCAAAGGUAAACGAAGAUCCAGCUACUGCUGCAAACAACACAACAACAGGCUAGCAGGCAGUUGGCAGAGUCACCAAUGCCAGAGAGAAGAGGUGUGAGGUCUAAUUAAUGAACUUGUUUCUUGACGGUGACUGUGCAAGUUUGUUUAUAACAUGAAUUCGCAAUUUACGGUGAGGUUUUGGACUUCUAUUUCUUUAUUCAAGAGAUAUUCAUCAAGUAACGUAAUCAGACAUGGUUUAGUUGGUAUGGUUGGUCGGACACCCAUGGUUCGACUAAACAAAAUCAGCGAUGAAACCGGCUGCGACAUCCUUGCGAAGGCGGAGAUGUGCAAUGGAGGGGGUUCUGUAAAAGAUCGUGCUGCUUAUUUUCUUAUCCGAGAAGCCCUAAACAAUGGCCAGCUUAAACCAGGUGGCACUGUGGUGGAAGGCACUGCAGGUAAUACCGGUAUUGGUUUGGCCCACAUGUGUCUAUCUAUGGGUUUUAAGUGUGUUAUUUACAUGCCCAAUAACCAGUCUCAGGAGAAAAUAGAUUUGCUGAAAACCCUAGGUGCUGAUGUAAGGCCUGUCCCUGUAGUGCCAUGGGAUGACCCCAACAACUACAACCACCAAGCUAAAAGGUUUGCAGACAGCAUCGAGAAUGCAGUCUGGACAAAUCAGUUUGACAAUCGAGCAAAUCGCCAGGCUCACAUUGAGACGACAGGACCCGAAAUCUGGGAAGAAACUAACGGCAAGGUUGACGCUGUGACAUUUAGCACAGGAACUGGAGGCACCCUAGCUGGUGUUGGCAUUUUCUUGAAAGAGAAAAACCCCAAAAUACAGGUGGUAUUGGCCGAUCCUCAAGGCAGUGUCCUCUAUAACUACUUCAAACACGGCAAGUUCGAGAGAACUCCUGGCGAUUCCAUCACGGAAGGAAUUGGGCAAGGGCGUCUGACAGAAAAUCUGAAAGGGGCACCCGUGGACGAUGCAUGGCCGAUUAUGGAGCCUGAUCUACUCAACAUGACUUUCAGACUUUUGGACGAGGAAGGCUUUUUUGUGGGGGCAUCGACUGGACUGAAUGUUUUCUCUGCAUAUCAGCUGGCAAAACAGAUGGGUCCCGGACACACGGUGGUCACAUGUCUGUGUGAUACCGGACAACGUUACUAUGCCAAAUUGUUCUGCAGGGAAGUGUUGGAAAAGCGGGGACUGCUGGACUCUUUAUCGGAAAAAUAUCACAAGUAUUUACAUUAAUUUGCCCCAAUGUUUUUACAGAGGUAUAAUGUAAGUAUUAGAAUUUAUAAGCAAAACUCUAUUAAGCUUCUUUGAUUAGAACAUCCAUUCUUUUGACUCUCGGCGUCUAGGCUGCUGUGAUGCUCAAGGGGAAAAUAGGGAAAGAUUAUACGAUAU